AUGCUCUUUCUAUUCUUGAAAAUUGCGUUAUCCAAUAAUUUCACAUAUACAGUUACAAAUGAUGAUUACUUCGGCAACUUUUUUUACAAUGGAAAGGUAUUUUUAAGAUAUUUUCAGACUGUUUGGAAUAUUAGGAGUCAAAGUUCCAGAUAUAUAAGCGGAAAAACGAAUAAAAGCGAUUUUUACAACGGAAUUUUGAUCACAUCAUCAAUUAUAACCCAAGAAACUGAAGAUAAAUUACGAAUUGAGUUCACGAUUCAAAAUAAUGGAACUAAUUCCAAGACAAUAUAUCUUCAAACUCGCUUUAAUCCAUAUUUUGGAGAUAAUUAUUAUAUAAAAGUAGAACAGUUCGGAAAUUUCCAAGGAUACAAGUAUUCAGCUCCUUCAACAAACGAAACUAUGACAGUUCUAUUCAAUGAUGAGAAUAAUGGUAAUGCCAAUUAUUAUUAUCAUAGUACAGCCUCAUCAUCUAGCUACAGUAAUUUAAAUCCGAUUUCUUCUGUAAAAUAUCACGACAUAUAUAUUCGUUGGGACAAUAUUAAUAUUGAUGUUGAUGAGACAUUAAAAUUUUAUAUGACCUUUCUUAUUCCUGAAGAAAAAAUUUCUCCAAAGAUUUCAAUUGAUUCCGAUAUAUUAGAUACAUACGAAAAAGAAUCAGAAGUAGAGAUCGGAGGACAUUGUGAUGGUUAUGAAAACGGUCAAUUUAUCAAACUUUAUUAUAUAUAUGAUGGCAAUAAUUUAGAGAAAAUAUCUGAAUUUACAGUGAGUGAUGAAGUCACUGCUCUUGAAUUUACUCUACGAUUUAACUUUCCAAAUGAUAGAACAGGAAAAUGGCUGACAGUUUGGGCAAUCACAAAAGAUGCUGUUGUGAAAAACUUUGCUCAUUUUAGAAUUAAUGUUGGAGACAAGCCGCGUCUACAAAUUUUAAAUGAUCCUUCAGGAAAAUAUUCAAGAAAUGCUGAACUUGCGUUAACAUUCACAGGAUAUGCAGAACGAUGGGCAAAUAUAUACUAUCGGUUUGAUGACGGCAGGCAAUAUAACUUACCCACUGAUUAUUAUGGUGGAAGAGAAUUAACCAUGACGAAAACGGUUUACAUUCAGUACGUAGAUUAUGGAAAACACAAUAUAACUUUCUUUUUACUUGAUGAUUACAAUCCAUCAGAAUUUUUCACAUUUGAAAUCGAAAGAAUCAAUACUGAAAGACCAAGAUUAGAUUUACCAUUUUCAUCUAGAAAGUAUUAUUUUUAUCAAGAUGACACAUAUAAUAUCAAAUUAUAUAAUACCCAAGAAGGAGCAAAAUAUAACACUAUGGUAUCAAGUUUAUGGGGACCAGCUUUUCACACCAAUUUAUAA